CACACACGCGCGCGGGCGCGUGGAGAUAGUGUAGAAAGUGCGGUGAGGAUAUACGUCGCGGGUUUAAGAACAGAGGUACAGAAAGCUAAAACCCUGGAGAAGGGGGGAAAGCCGAAAAUGGAGGUUCAAUCACUGCAUCUGCUAAAAUGCGCCGUUAUUCCGCCAUUGGCUAAUUCUUCAGCUUCAGCCUCACCGCGAGGAUUUCUCAAAGCUUUUCCAGUACGACCUUCUUUCAAGUCUCUGCGUGGAUGCAAGAAGAUAGAGGAGCAAGAAUUUUACGGUCUUCCGAAAGAAUUUUACGACGAUGAAUGGCAAGCGAAGCAGAGGGAAAAGACAAAGGAGUUGGAGAGGUUGCGACAAGAGGAGGAUGAUGAAGAGGAAAAGAAGGUGGAUGAGUACCGCGAGGUUGGGUUACGGCUGAAAGAUUAUCCAGACGAAGAACUUCGUAAAGCCAAGAAAUUGGUUUCUAGCUUCAUAAGAUCAGCAGAAGAGGUGGAAGAGAAAAUUGAAGAAGCUGCUGAAAAAGGUGAACUGACUGAACUAGUGCUAUUGGUGAUAUGGAAUCGCCUUGAUCUCGCCCGUCGUGAUGAUGAAAAGGAUGCUGUUAGAAGUCUUGAUCUAUUGUACAGGAGGGUUGAGACAGAGAUAUUGAAAAGGGAGGCUACUCCAGCAAUGACGUUACUUAACCAUCUGUUGAAUAUGCACGAUGGAUUUGACGAUGAUGGCUGGCUCAAGGCAUGUAAGAAGCACAUGUCCGAAACUUUUCCCAGAGAGGAUCCUUUCAGCAUUCUUGUACCCACUGGAUUUGACAUUGAUAAGCACCAAGGGCCAAUCAGACCAGACAUGGACGCUGAUGACGUUCUUUUAAGAGUAGAUUUUGUAAGAGAAGUCAACGAACUCCUGCAAGAAGUUCGAUCUCAAUAUGACGAAGGCGUAAGCACACAAUCCCUUGAUGCAGAAUCAGUCGCGAGUAGGUUAAAACAUCAGGAGAAACAACGAGUCAUUCGACAAGUUGAAGCUCUAUUGGAUCUUGCCAUUAAUUUGACAUGAUAUAGUGGGCCAGGCCGAAACCAGAGGAGCAUAACUAAUCCCACUCUAGGACCACAGCCCAGGUAUGAGCCCAACCCUACGAAACGCCAUCUUUUCACAUUAUUAUUUUUAUUUUUUACUUUUUAUUUACAAAAUUACAAGAAAUAUAUCAGUUUUUGUUCACUGUGACUAAAUAGAAAAAAGUAAAUCAACAAUAAUAAUAAUCUCGUAUGCCUUAUAAUCUGGUGAGUGAUAAACCAGGAAGGAGUCUUUGACUUGUCUAAA